CAGACGAGGUGAAAGUCCCUCUAAACUUUCACUACGCCAUAUAUUGUCAAAGCACAUACGGACGAAAUCUCCUGGGUUAAUUUCAUUGCCAGAAGUUGUACUGCCGCAAUCCACCACUUCCUGAAACGUUCGACAGCGUAGCCGCUCCGCUUCCAAACUUCACGAUGUCUUACGCCUACCGUGGUUACUCCGACGAUGACCUGGAGAUGGAGGGUGCCGACAUGGGCUACAGUUCGCCGAGUGACGAUGAAGAAGUAGACGAAGAGGCCGAGGAAAACUUCCGAAAUCACUCCGGCGAAGCGCAGGAGCAAUUCCAUGGAUCAUAUUACUUCGACACCUACCCUUCCUCUCCUCUUAAGCGAGAUGAACCUCGUUCUACUGUGCAGGAUGCGGAUGGAGCAGAGGGUAUGGAGGAUGAACUGGCCGGACUGACGGAGGCUGAGCUUGCCGCCAUGACAGAGGAGGAACUCAUAUGGAGGCUCUUCGACAAGGAGCGACAAAAGAUGCAAAACGGGACUCACGAGCUGGGACGCCAGAAGACAGCGGACGAUACAACGCAGGCCCAGUCCAAUAUCGUAAACCCGAUGCAAGUGGCCACCGUUGGCAAAAAACUCCCCAACACCCUCAACACAGUCACCAGUAUGCCCUCGCAAGACACCGUCAACGACUUCUCACUGACCCUAGUAGGCGAAGGCAUCACACUUCCGGCAGUCAAUUCCACAGCUGCUUCCAGGGUUUCCACCUGCACUGACGUCUCCAUCCCUGCUCCAGUUCCGACAUCCCUUCCCCAAGGCCGCCGCUCAAAGAGGCCAAGUGGUGCUGGACACGGCCGGUACAAAAACCGAGGCAAUGAUAGCCGUAAAGGCAAGCGCCGUGGGGCUACUACUUCUGACCGCGUCAAGUCAGGCCGUGUCGGCAAAGGUGGUCCCGGUCGGCCUAAACGAGCGAGCGGCGCUGCACCUGUCCACACUCGCUUCUCCAAUGUGUCUCUCGAGUCUCGUGUGUCAUUCCUCCCUCUUGAGCGUCGUGUAACUUAUGGUGCUGCUCCCUCUACGGUUGUAGAGCGCGGACCGCCCGCCUGCCGUAGGCCUUGCCGUCACGAGAAUAAAGGGGGCCAGUGUAGAAAGGUCUAUUGCAAGUUCCUUCAUCGAAGCCAGGUUGGACCUUUCCGAGGAUUGCUCUUCUCGCUUCCUUGGUCUCCUAAGUAGCGACGAUGUUCUCGCGUAUUUGUGUGGACUCGGACUUCUUCGUUACCUCAAUGAGAGACAUGGGUUUUCAUGGUGUCUUAUGGAUAAACUAUGACUGUAAACGCGAUGGCGACGGGAAUGGAGGGUUUCCUUGUGUUUGUUCGUACCAGGCUCUCUACUUCCGGUUUCAUGGUCCGCCGCUCUGAACCUUGUCACGGAUUUGCCGGGGGAGGCAUCAGUAAGCGUAUAGCCUGGAAAUGGACUGAUGCUGUAACAUCCAGAGGUAAAUAUAGGAAGAAAUAAAACAGAUGCC